UCUUAUGUAACAUACUUCGCAUUCAUCGAUCUGUCAUUUUAUUCAAACCUAUAAAAUUAUUUAUUAAUAUAGAAAAGAUAAACGCGUUAUAACGAAGUUUCUCAUCCGAAAAGUGCAAUAUUAUGGGCAAUUGCCUUAAACCGAGGGAUCCCUUAGAGGCUAUUCUUCCGAGAGAGACCGGAAUCGAUGCAUCGGCUGUUAGAGAAGUUAAUUUACCGAUAGUAUGCCUGAUCGGUGGACCAGGUUCAGGAAAGUCUACGCAAUCGAAAAAAGUGUCAGAAAAAUUUCGCUGGAUAAUUAUAUCAAGCUCUGAGAUACUUCGCGACGAGGUUCACAAGAGAUCAAUAAAAGGAGUCGUUUUAGCGAGAUAUAUGUCUCAAGGUCGAUUGGUACCAGCCGACGUUUUAAUAGAACUAAUUAAAACGAAGAUGUUGAACCAUCUUAACACAACGAAUGGAUUCUUUUUAACUGGAUUCCCACGUGAAAAAGAGCAAGGGAAAAUAUUUGAAAGACAGGUGAAACCAUUUGAUCUGUUGAUCUAUUUAUCAGCGAGGAAUUCAGUACUACGUGACAGAGCAAUGGCUAAGGCUGUAAUGAUGAGUGAAAGACUCGAGCAGAGCGAGGAGAGGAUGAAAGACCGCAUAAACAUUUUUCACAAGAUGAAUAAACCCGUAUUACGUCAUUACAAGAAAAAACUCGUUGUGAUAAACGCCGAGAAUGAUGAUGAAAACGUAUUCGCAGACAUAUGUCGAGAGAUGGAGUAUAUCUUAAAAAAACUAUCGGCAGAAAAGCAAUCGCGAACCGCUGCUUCAUAUUCUAGCUCGUAAUUGUUAUAUUGUGUAUAGUUUUUCCGAAAAAAACAAAAAGAAAAUAUUGUAUAAAAUUUCAAGA